AUGGUUUUAUUUGUAAGAACUCAUAAGAAAGAUAUCAUGAUUGCUCAGAUCUAUGUUGACGACAUAGUUUUUGGAUCAACACAAAACUGCUACAAGAACCAAUUCAUUACAGAUAUGCAAGGAGAAUUUGAGAUGAGUAUGGUUGGUAAACUCAGUUACUUUCUGGGGCUACAGGUUAAGCAAUUAGAAAAUGGAAUCUUUGUCUCACAAAGCAAAUAUGCAAGAAAUCUUGUCAAAAGAUUCGGAAUGAAUGAAAGCAAAGUUGUUAGAACACCUGUUCCAACAACAGAGAGGAUCUCUAAAGAUUCAGAAGGGAAAAAAGUGGAACAAACCCUGUAUCGAAGCAUGAUAGGAGGCCUACUCUAUCUAACAGCAAGCAUACUAGAUUUAAGCUUUGGGGUAGGAAUAUGUGCCAGAUAUCAAGCCAAUCCCAUGGAAACACAUCUAAAAGCUGUAAAAAGAAUUAUCAAAUAUGUAAAGGGGACCAUUGACCUAGGUAUAUGGUACUCUUUUGACACAAACCAACACCUAUCUGCCUACUGCGGUGCAGACUGGGCGGGAAAUAUGGAUGAUAGAAAAAGCACAUCAGGAGGAUGUUUUCUACUGGGAACAAAUUUGGUAUCUUGGUUAAGUAAAAAACAAAGCUCUAUAUCCCUAUCAACAGCAGAGGCCGAAUAUAUCGUUGCUGGGAGUUGCUGUACACAACUAUUAUGGAUGAAACAGAUGUUAGAAGACUAUGGGAUACACCAAUCAACAAUGACCAUAUACUGUGACAACAAAAGUGCAAUAGACAUCUCCAAAAAUCCUGUUUAG